AUGGGGGUUUGCAAAGCAGAAAUACCGAGAAAGGAAAUACCUACUUUGCAGUUGUCCCCUGCAGCACAGCUUCCAGAGGGAACAAAUUGCCUGGCAUGCUCUGAAGAUGGCAGGUACCUCAGUAUGGGUCACUCUCAGGGCUUGUCUGUGUGGUGUGCAUCAUCUCUCGUCUGUGUAGCAGAGUGGCUUCAGGACACCCUGGAAAUAACUUUUAAUCAAAUGACCAGAAUGGCUGAAACCGUCUAUCUGCUGGGCACUGUUGAUGAUAUGGGUGUUGCCAGAAUUUUUGCCUAUCAGUCUGAACGUGUUCACCUUCUCAGUGUUAUUAACCCCAUGGAAAAUGUGAACAAAAGGAGCAUUUGUUUGUCAUUUGAGUUGUCUGAAGGAGGAGAUUAUGGAGUUGCAUCAAUGAGCUGUAAUGGUGAUGUUUGGCUGGAGGUUUAUCAGCUCCCCACAGAAAUAUGGAUGAAGCAGUUAGAGACGGUGCCAUUACAAAAACAGGACCCCUCUGGAGAGGUAGAUGCUGAAUGGUCUCAGUUUGCUGUGGUGCUAAAAAUCAAACCAGCAGGGACAACACUACACAAGCACAAGGAUAUGAAGCUGACAGACUUUUUCACACACUGUUUGUCUCUAGAUGUAGAAACCAACAGUAACUGUCAAAGACGCUGCACCCACCACUUUCUUCUGCCUUGUGGUCAGUCUCCCGAUAACGAUAAAACAGAGUUACAGCCAGGACUGCCUGUUGCUGUCUGUGUGUGGUGGAGUGGCAGCUAUAAUCUUCUUCAGUAUUCGCUGCACACAUUCCCAAAGAAAAAAAUAGAUGUUGAACCAAUGCCAGAUGUGGUAUGGCCAAAUUCAGAGGAAAUCCUCUGCUCCGCUGCUAGUAGAUGCACCCGAUUUGUGGCUGUUGGGCUUGUUGGUGCCAUGGUGUGUAUCUGGGACAGGCAAUCUGGGUAUCCUUUAUCGGUAGUCUCCAUAUCAGCAGCAGACAGUGCCUUCUCCAGUGUGAAAUUUAAAGAUUGCUGGCCUGAGUCUGUUGAGGAUUUGCAGAUUUUUACAGCAAAAGUCCACUUUUUAGUGUUGUGUAAAAGUGGAGCAAUUUUUAGAAUCACAACAGGACGAGGGACACAGUCCUGCGUAAUGCAGCCCAUUAAAAGGCCAGUAGAUAGCAGGGACCUGCCAACUGUCACUACAUCAGUGCCCUUCCUGCAGAGCUUGCUGCUCAUGGUGCAAAGAAAUGGAAAAAUGUUCCUUCAAGAUGUCACCAACCAAACCACUGUGUGCUGUCUCAGUCUUCCUCUAUCUCAUCUGAUUACUACUCCAUGCAAGCCUGUCUAUGCACUGAGUGCCAAACAGAAAACUAUCUUUAUACAGGGUGACCCUGACCCUAGCUUCAGUGCACCUUCUGAGGAAGGACGCCAGAGUCAACUUUUCAUUUUCUGUUUUGAUGAGUCUGACAUCACAAAGAAAUAUACUGUUUCACUCCCAGACUCUCCACAACAACAUAGCGAGGCCUGUGUUAAUCUGGAGAAAAGCUGCAAUCUCUACUUGAAGCAUAGAGUACUGUCUGUGGAUGAAAGAGCUAAUGCUGUAACACAGAAAUGGAAGCAACUACAGGAAACUGCAGGAACAUUACUGCUGCAACACAGCCAGAUGAGGAAAUGCAGUUCCCUGUAAACCACUGAUGAUAAACUGUUGAGUGUAUCCUUCUG